CGGUCGUGGGCGAGCGUCCGUGCGGCCUGGUCUGUGCCGUGUCCGCGUGAAGACCUACUGCCGCCGUCGCCGCCCCUCUUCCGGCCCCGGCCGCGCGCGCACCAUGGGCUCCAUUCUGAGCCGCCGCAUCGCGGGCGUGGAGGACAUCGACAUCCAGGCGAACUCGGCCUAUCGCUACCCCCCCAAGUCCGGAAACUACUUUGCCUCACACUUUUUCAUGGGUGGUGAGAAAUUUGACACCCCCCACCCUGAAGGCUACCUCUUUGGUGAGAACAUGGACCUGAACUUCCUGGGCAACCGCCCGGUCCAGUUUCCUUAUGUCACUCCCGCCCCUCACGAGCCAGUGAAGACACUGAGGAGCCUGGUGAACAUCCGCAAGGAUUCCCUGAGACUCGUGAGGUACAAAGAUGACGCCGACAGCCCCACCGAGGAGAACGAGAAGCCCCGGGUCCUCUACAGCCUGGAGUUCACCUUCGACGCAGACACCCGUGUGGCCAUCACCAUCUACUGCCAGGCGACCGAGGAGUUCCUGAAUGGCAUGGCCGUAUAUAGCCCAAAGAGCACCGCCCUGCAGUCUGAGACCAUCCACUACAAGAGAGGGGUGGGCCAGCAAUUCUCCCUGCCCUCCUUCAAGAUCGAUUUCUCGGAGUGGAAGGAUGAUGAGCUGAACUUUGACCUGGACCGGGGCAUGUUUCCGGUGGUUGUCCAGGCUGUCGUGGAUGAAGGGGAUGUUGUAGAGGUGACUGGCCACGCCCACGUGCUCUUGGCUGCCUUUGAAAAGCACAUGGAUGGCAGCUUCUCCGUGAAACCUUUAAAGCAGAAGCAAAUUGUGGACCGAGUCAGCUACUUGCUGCAGGAGAUUUAUGGCAUCGAGAACAAGAACAACCAGGAUACGAAGCCCUCGGACGAUGAGAACAGUGACAACAGCAACGAGUGCGUGGUAUGCCUGUCAGACCUGCGCGACACGCUGAUCCUGCCCUGCCGCCACCUCUGCCUCUGCAACUCCUGUGCUGACACCCUGCGCUACCAGGCCAACAACUGCCCCAUCUGCCGGCUGCCUUUCCGGGCCCUCCUACAGAUCCGGGCUGUGCGGAAGAAGCCAGGGGCUCUGUCCCCAGUCUCCUUCAGCCCUGUCCUAGCCCAGAGCGUGGACCACGACGAGCACUCUUGCCCCUUUAAAAAAUCAAAGUCGCACCCCGCCUCACUGGCCAGCAAGAAACCCAAAAGGGAAACAAGUCCUGACAGCAUCCCGCCAGGCUAUGAGCCCAUCUCCCUGCUCGAGGCGCUCAACGGCCUUCGGGCCAUCUCCCCUGCCAUCCCCUCAGCCCCCCUCUAUGAGGAGAUCACCUACUCAGGGGCAUCAGACGCCCUGUCCCAGGCCAGCUGUCCACUUGCUGGGAUCAGUCAGGUCGUGGACAGUAGCCACCUGAAGGGCAAGCCGCGGAACAGGUCUCCUGACAGCACCCUGCGGUCGCCGUCAUCCCCCAUCCGCGAAGAGGAUGAGGAGAAGCUCUCAGAGGACUCAGAUGCCCCUCCCCCACAGAGCAGCGUGGAGCUGGCACAGCGGGAAAGCAGCUCCCCUGAGAGUUUCAUCACGGAAGAGGUUGACGAGAUGUCAUCGCUAAAGCAAGGGAGCCAGGCCCCGUCCGUUGAGAGCGUCCUGCAGGACAGCAGCCCCGAGCACCGCGGCCUCGGCCCACCCGCCGACAUCUACCUGCCAGGAUGUUCUGCCUCCAUGGAGUUGCCCCACAGCCUCGUCACCGCCGGCCCCCCCUGGCCUCCACUGGGUGGCCCUCAUCCUGACCCCGGGGCCACCAAGCUGAGCCUCCUCUGAGACCUGGCCUAGCAGGCGUUGGCAAGGGGCCGCUUGGACCCAGUGCGACCCAGCCUCCCAUCUGCACGUGUCCGCAGCCACUGGCUCUGAGGACCAAACAACCCUCAACUAAGAGCACAUGGACUGUCCCCUAAUGCCCCUUUUUUCUACAGUCGGCGUAUUUGUAAAUGGUACAAAUGGAGGAGAGCAGCUUUCUACCCCAUUUCCUCUUGUGCCGCUGGUUGGCAGCAGGGCUGGGUGGCCUAGCAUUGGUGGGGCCCAGCCCCAAGCCGGGCGGGCUGAUGCCUGGGAACUCAUCUGACCUGUGGAGGAGCCUUUGCUGGCCAAGUAGUGCCGUGUUGGGCCACGCACUCUGCUCCCCUCUCCCCUGCUGGCUGGCUGGGACCCUUGGGGCAGGCAGGGGUCUGGAGACAAGGCUGGGAUGCAGGGUACAGACACAGGGUGUGCAUUGGUGGUUUUGGGUGGUGGCCUGCCCACAGCUUUUUGGAGGCCCCAAUCCACCUGCGUCUCAUGCCUCCAGGUGGGGGCCUCCUGCUAGACUUGGCUGCCCCGAGGGGCCUGCGCCUCUGCCCCGGCUUUCCAUGCCACGUCAGCAUCCCUGUGCGUUUCUCUUUGACUUUUGUUGUCUGCGGCUCCUGGAGUGGACCUGCUGGGGAAUGGGGUCCCACUGCAAUGUAUUUUAGGAUAACCCUCUGAGCAGCAGAAAGAUGAUAGGGGCUGGCACUGGACCUGGUACUUGUAGGGCAAGAGCUGCCCCGCAGGGGCCUCUAGCCAGCAGGGAGGGGUCCUUGUGGCUCCGGGGCGGGAAGUAUCCUGGGACCCCCACCCCGUGCCCCCAGCGUCUCCCUGUGGCUGGGUUGGCUGGGCCCUGGCUUUGCACAUCUUGGCACUUGGGAGAAUCCGUCAGUCUUUUCCUGCAGUUGAUCCUGCGCGUGGUACCCUCACCUUUUUGCAGCUCUGCUUCCCCCAGGCCACCUGCCCCUGCACUCAGCUUUUACAGCACGCUUCCUGUCCUGCAGUAUGUUCAGGCACCCCACCCCCUAAUAUGCACACACUCAAGCAGGCUUCUCCCCUCCUAUUGCUGUCAGUGUUGGUGCCACCGCUCUGUGUUAAGGGUGGUGCUGGUUUUCCCUUCACCCUUAUGUGUGCUAUCACUUGUAAUCUGAUUGGCUAGUUUUGUGUCUGUUUUUACUGUAUAUUUAUAGUAAUAAAAUCAUGCAGUAA